AUGGUUGGUCUCGUUCCCAUGCUUAAUGAAAGUUGCUGUGGACUUUACCGGAUGUGGCAAGCCAUGUUACUUGUUGGCUUGAUGAGGAAACUGUACUGUUAUGGUGGAAUUAAAGCUAAUCGGGACUUAAUCAUGUUACCGGAUGUCCAUGGUGAGAGUCUCAUGCAAUUGGCUAAACUUUUUCCUAUUCAAUAG